UAGCCAAACAAUUUCAGUUCCCUAGCGAGUUUGAUUUCGCAUCAGGUGUACGUCGUUUUAAAGAUAUAAAUUCACGAUAUCUUCUCCGACCGGACCGAAUUCAACCUAACACAAUGGAGGAAGAGUACGGUGUAACCGAUUCACCCCGGAAAGGGCCCACCCUUUCAACGUCAACCUCCAGCUUCGAGCCGUUCGACGCCCACGAUCCGAAUCUUUCACGAUUGGCAACGAAAAUGUUCCAGAAAACUGGCGAAUACAUCACGCACGAGCUGGCCUCCACGGUGGAUGAUUACAAACUCGUCGAAAACAUGAACCGCGCAAUGAUGAGUAAAGUUGCGGACAUGCGACAAAUGUCGCAAUCGAUUGCAGCGAAAAACACAGAACUGAAUCAAAAAUACGAGGAAUUGAAACCUCUGCUGCAAAGGAUUGACGACAUUGAAUCAACCGUGGACAAACUUGAAGCAGCCGCCUAUCAGCUGGAUUCGUACUCGAUCCGUUUAGAGAACAAAUUCAAGUCACUUAAAACCAAACAGUAAACGUAGUUUCCGUGUUAGAUGAUAUAUUUAUUCAUUCAACAAUACACAAAGAUAGACGACACGCCGUCGUCAGCCAAGAAUUAAUUUAAACAUUAUUGCUACUAUAUUAAGAAAUAUUAAAGGUACUGUAAAUAAAAGUAAACCAGAAAGCAGCGUUAUUAGGUGCUUCAAGCGUAUCUGUACGACCAGAGAUACUCACUUUUGGCCACAGUUCGUAUAGACCGGACGAGCAGCAAUAUCUGUGCUUUGGUUGACGUGGGCUCUCCAAAUCCUUGCACUUGUGCUGACAUACCCCAUCCAUCUAGAAAAGAUACAAACCAUCGCAUUUUAUGUGGCUAAACGGAUGGAACCUGUGAAUGACCGCAGU